AUUUAUUUAAACGAGGUCGUCUACUGAUCCACCAGCAGCGGAUAAAGAAUGGAAGUGACUCAUCCUCGUCCGGUCAGCAGUACGGGUCCGACUUGGACACGCUAGAUGUAACGAACAUGUACCCGCAAAACUUAUUGACGAUUCCGGCGCACCAUCAUUUUGAAAGGCAAAUUUCCGAACCGAUCAUUCCAACAUCGCCGGCCGUAUCGUCUCCACCGGAAACGCGAUCAGCACCCGCGGAUCGUUAACACGGCGAACAUCAUCUCACCGUAUCUCAGCAGCCAUAUCUUGCAAGAACAUGUGAAACAACACUCCCACCCAUUGUUGUCAAGGCGUUUCAGGCUAUUUCGUCAUACCCACCACACAAAGCUCAACUCCGUUGACCCUGGUCACCAGUAGUAGUGGGUCCACCCACUAUCUAACGCCGUCCUCCUCUCUGAAAACCGAUUCGGACGAUGAACCGUCGACACCCGUACCCCCAAUUCCACAAAUCCGACAAAUCCACCUGAAAACCGAUCGCACAUCGAGUCCAAAGGUUGUUCUCGUUUCCGAUAUGGAAUCGCUCCAACAGCAGCGCCAGCACCAUUUAUCGGGAAGUGCGGUUGCCAGUACAAGCACCUAUCACAACGAUCACCAGAACCAGCACCACCAGCUCCACCGCCGCAGCGCUACUUGCCGACCUGAGUUCAUCAACAGUUCAAUUCGCAUAAAAGGCGACGAAUUGUCGCAGUCUGCUUCAUCUCCUUUGAUGAGCAGCCGAUCGAAGGAAAUACACGGCCUGGACAGCCAACGGUCUAGCCACUGUCCGGUGGUACGGGAGGGUCCCGCGCUGGGUUGCAAUUUCUGCUGGAACACAAGGAGGAUACUGCGACGGAAAACCAAGUACCACUGUCCCGAGUGCCAUACGAACUUGUGCAUUGCGCCCUGCUUCCAGGAGUAUCACGAACGACAAUCGGCGGAGAACCCUGCCCCCACCAGCAACGACAGCGGAAGCGCCUGUGUGUAUGGUGUAGGUGGAUUGUUCAUUCUGCCAAAAACGUACGAACGUUCAUUCUGCCAAAAAUUACUCGCACCGCCAUUAUCUUUUUACAAACUGUUUGCCCAGCCUAAUUCAAUCAAGCGCACAACAUGAAAAAAAAACGAAUCUACAGUAAAAGCCAAAAGCACCGUUAUACGUCAUGAACCCGGAUACCUGCUUUUGCGCCCUCUAAAAGUAUCCCGUAAAGAAAACUAAUACGGCCUCCACUGUGCUAAGUUUGUCCACAAGAACAGACAGAACUUGUCGUUCUCGAAAACGGACGUUAAAAUCAUCUAACGGAAAAAUCACGACGGAAACUCCGGCACGCAAAAUCUCUGAUUGUUAAGCCUCGGUACGUGCCAUUACUAAAAUGUUCGAGAAACCCAUACACGGUCUAAGUGCCAGCUGGAUUUGCGAUGUCUCCGCCAAAGUAUUCACACUGGAGAUCCACUGAUACCAGUACAUCCAGGAGGGGAUGGCGGCGCUGAAUUGCCAGUGUAAGUCCUGGUGGAUAAAGAACGCAGUCAUUCGAAGCGGUGCAGAUCCAAGCCGUUUACGUGAGAAAUUUGCGACAUCAUCACAAAACGACUACUCCGAUCCCGAUGGGCACAGACGAGCGCACACAAUGUAGUUGACAUCACUAAACUUACGUAAUUCACAAAGUCAAGUUACUUCCGGAACUACUGUAGACCAUAGUGGCCAAGACAGCUCUUGUGAACGACAGCGAGAAUUCAAAGACAGCAUCGAGCUGUAAGCAAUUAUUUAAUACGACAACUCGUCACAGUUGCUUUCGAUGUCAAGGGAAUCGGGCAAUGAAUUUGUUCAAGAUUACCACGAAGUCACUCUUGCCAACAUCAGUUUGGAAUAUUUAUUGGUGACUGGAUGUCAUUUUAUAUGUUACACGAGCGACCGUAACGAAGUAUGACGAUUUACCUAAUAACCGUAACGACGGUACCCGAUUUCAUGUUCCUGUUCGGGUGUUCACAUUCCCGCGCGUAGGGUUACAAGAUUAUUAGCCCACUACUCCAUUACAGUUAACUGUAGGAAAGGAGAAAGGAAGGAGAAAGCUUUUUAGAUCCCUGAAAAUAAAUUAUGUGGUCCGAAUAAAGACUUAAAUAAUUACAAAACGGUUCCAAAAUUUUUCCAUUUCUUAGUUCAAAUUUUAAUUUUGAUUUGAAUAGAACAAAACUAUUUACAUACCUUUUAAACAAGUAUUUCAUAAAGCAGGCUUAGAAAUUUCAUAAGGUAAAUCAAUGGAAAUUUUAAAGCAACACGAAGACAAACAUAUGUUUAAGGUUCCCCCAAACACACGCGACGCGACAGUCGCGACGCGAUUCUAUCGCUUGGCGACCGCGAUUCUGUCGCCAUUGGUAUGGAAGCGUAGAUAGAAAAUUGCCUGCAGCGACCCAACGAUAGAAUCGCGGCGACUAGUUGUCGCCGUCGCGGCGAUGAAAUCGCUUAGGUCUGGGGGAGCCUUUACAUUAUGGGCAUAAUUCAUUCAGGUUCAUCCAGUUGCAUAAGGCAACCUUAUGAUUUUCAAUCAAUAUUAUUUUGGCCAAAUUUCAUAAGGCAAGUCAAUGAACUUCUUUAAGGUUUUUUCGGGCAGUGAUACUCAGAUUUACCUGGACCGUUUUACUGUAUUCGGAUUUUCUUUGAAAUAAUCAACCAAGAGGCGGAAAAAGUAUACAAUUAUUAACGAAGAUGUUUUACAAAUCAAAUUCGGUAGAAAAACACACAAAUCUGAUAGAAGGCGACGAUGAUCGUAAUCCCUUUUGUCGGCGGAGUGACCGGUUGGAGGUUCAGGUCAUAUUUUGCAAGUUUUCCCGUACAAUAUAAAAUAUUUGGACGAGAAUUGCUUCCGAACCCAGCCACCCUCAGCAUGGUCUUGCUUUGUAGCCGCGAGUCUUACCGCACGGCUAAGGAGGGCCCUUAAUUAUUACGAAUACAUAUCUUAGGAUCACUUAAAAACGAACUUUUAAUAGGAUAUCCGGAAAUCCACAUAAUACAUCAAUCGACUCAGCUCGAUAAAUUAAUUGAUUGGUUUGUUGCCUAAUUGAUUGCUAAUUUGCUUGAUUGCUUUAUUAGUUGGUUGGUUGCUUGAUUGAUCGUAGCUUGCUUGAAUGGUACAAUGGUGAGUUCCUUGAUUGGUUGCUUGAUUUGUUAGUUGGUUAAUUGAUUGGCUGCUUGAUUAAUUGGUUGCUUAAUUGGUGGGUUAUUUGAUUGAUUGUUUGGUCGGCUGGUUAGUUGAUUAGUUGUUUUGUUGGUUGCUUGAAUGGUUAGUUGGUUGAUUGAUUGAUUGAUUUGUUAGUUGGUGAAAUGAUUAUUUGCUUGAUAAGUUAGUUGGUUGAUUGGUAGCUUGUUUGAUUUGUUGAUUCGUUAGUUGCUUGAUUGGUUAAUGGUUGCUUGAUUGAUUGGAAGUGGGUUUGAAUGAUUGUUUGCUUGAUUGGUUAGUUGUUGAUAGGUUGGUUGACUAAUUGGUUGGUUAGUUACUUGAUUGGUUGAUUGGUUGCUGAUUUAUUGGUUGGUUGAUUGGUAGCUUGCUUGAAUGGUUGAAUGAUUGGUUGCUUGGUUGAUUGGUAAGAUGCUUGAUAGGAUGGUUGCCUAAUUUAGUUUAUUGGUAGCUUGCUUGAAUGGUUGAUUGAUUGUUUUGUUGUUUGCUUGAAUGGUUUUCAUGUU